AGUUUCUGAUUGUUGUUGCAAAUAUCAUUUCUUCCUGACUGGCGGCUUAGAGUCGCUUUCCUGCCUCUGUGUGGGUGGGAUUUUGUGUCUCCUGUUACUGCCAUUUGGAAGGGGGGGGUGACCGUCCCCACUUACCAGCCCAAAUACCCCUCACCGAGAUGUUACAACUGCUGCCCCUUGUCAACACAUCUCCGCAGCCUGAACAUCACAGACAGCAGAGUGUGUGAACGGCAGUUCAGGCAGUAUACAAAUGCUCUCAGCUCAGCCAGACACCAAGCCGAAGGGUUGUGCUGGCUGCAACCGGAAGAUUAAAGACCGCUAUCUCCUGAAGGCGCUGGAUAAGUACUGGCAUGAGGACUGCCUGAAAUGUGCCUGUUGUGACUGCCGCCUCGGAGAGGUGGGUUCAACACUGUACACCAAGGCAAACCUCAUCCUCUGUCGCAGAGACUACCUGAGGUUGUUCGGUGUGACGGGGAAUUGUGCAGCAUGCAGCAAGCUGAUUCCUGCCUUUGAGAUGGUAAUGAGAGCCAAGGACAAUGUUUAUCACCUGGACUGUUUUGCUUGUCAGCUCUGUAAUCAGAGGUUUUGCGUUGGAGAUAAAUUCUUCCUCAAGAACAAUAUGAUUCUGUGCCAGACAGACUAUGAGGAAGGUUUGAUGAAAGAAGGCUAUGCUUCCCAGGUUCGCUGAUCCCACAGCCACACGUGUCAAAUUAGUUUUAAGCACUAACUUCUGUAUUGUUUACUCAACAUGUAAAUAUGAAUUGAAACAGGGACUAAUAGAAUAGACCUACAGUACCCCGAGCUGGUGGCCAUGUUUGGAAUAAAGAUGGGAAGAGAAACCGUAUAUAGUCAUUUUGUUCCUGUUCUACAUUGAAUGUCUUCUAGACCGACUGUAUAUAUUGAGCUUUGUCAUGAGGGAAAACUAUUCCCUUUCUUUUGUUUGCUGCUUACAGUUUAUAACUUUGUUUGUGUCAUUUGGCAUGAGAUGUUCAUUUUG